UCCCGCUUUCCUUCCCGAGUCCCUGCAAAGACUGCGGGGCUGCAGGGGCAGCCGCGACCGCUGUGAUGGCGGGUGGUGGCCGCCCGCGCCUCGCUGUCCCUCCGCCCCGGUGUCUCUUGAGGGGAGCGGGGCCCCCGCUCCAGGGAGGCCCCACAGUGCCAGUUCUGGCGGUGAAGCGUCAGCACGGCGUGGGUGGUACCUUUGGGUUGUUGAAGGGCGAUGUAAAUGAGCCGGCUCCUGGAGGAGUAGCCAUAGCGCCGUGGCUAUGGCUCGAGUCCAAGAAAAAGGGUCUGAAUUUUGAAGAGAAGAGGGCUCGCAUGAUGGAGAUCUUUUUUGAAACAAAAGAUGUCUUCCAGUUGAAGGAUCUAGAGAAGAUUGCUCCAAAAGAAAAAGGGAUUACCUCGAUGUCAGUGAAAGAGAUUCUGCAAAGCCUUGUUGAUGAUGGCAUGGUGGACACUGAUAGAAUUGGAACUUCCAAUUAUUUCUGGGCUUUUCCCAGUAAAGCUCUUCAUGCCAGGAAGUGUAAAUUGGAGGAAGUAGAGUCUCAGUUUGCUGAAAGCAGUCAGAAAAAAGAGGCUUUACAAAAAAGCAUUGAGAAAUCAAAAAUUGGACGUGAAGAUACUGCAGAACGAGCAGCUCUGCUGAAGGAACUUGCUGCUCUUCGGCAGAAAAAAGAGCAGCUAAAGAAAGAAAUAGACAAAUACAGGGAAUGUGAUCCAGACGUUAUUGAAGAGAUGCGCCAAACAAACCAAGUGGCCAAGGAGGCAGCCAACAGAUGGACUGAUAACAUCUUUUCAAUAAAGUCCUGGGCCAAGCGUAAAUUUGGAUUUGAAGAGAGCAGAAUAGAUAAAUGUUUUGGAAUCCCAGAAGAUUUGGAUUACAUUGAUUAGUGUUCAGUUGAUGACUGACACGGUUGUAUGUAGUUAAUUAUAUAUUCAUAGCUGCCAUUAAAAUGUGAAUCCUCUCCAAACAGGUGGCCACCCUUUAAUUUGCUGGUUUUGUUAAUGUUAAUAAAAUACAAAAAAUAUUUA